AUGCCCAUAGCGAGCGGUUCAACGCCAACGUGUAGCACGAGCACACAGAGCACCGAAGCAGAGGAGUACUUUAAUUCGGGCGUCGUUCGGAGUCUGAGCUAUAGGUCUACGACUCGGUCGCCUAGGAGUCCGUUUCCGCCUGGAGUGGCUGGUACGGUGGGGGGAAGAGUAGGAGCUGAUUCGCAGGUUACGAUUACACCGGCGAACGCUCACACUACUACUACCGGAGGCCCCGGCUCGCAACAUGCUCCGAGUACGAACCCGAGCCCCGUUUCGAGUUUGAGUGGUACCGGGAGUGUCGGUGUCUCGGUAGUUACACCCGGACUCGGGGUGAGUGCAAGGACGAGUAUGAAUCCAAGCCCGAGUCCAAGUUUCAACACCGGCAUGCACGCGACAGUUCAGGAAGGUGAAGAACAGCGCACCCAACCCAGGGACCACACCGACCACCACUCCCACCAUCCACACGCCCAUCCACACCCCCUCUCUCACCAUCACCAUGACACAAAAACUAGUCUCCACGAUGUAACUCCAAGCACCUUUUCCUGGUCCACUUCCAAUCAUGAGCCAGAUCCACAUUAUGAGAGGCUUGUAUUCGACUACCGUGUCAUCGCACAGUCCAUGCAUGCAUACAGACAUAUAUCGAUAUUCCGGCGAUUUGGGAGACUAUCUAUGGCGAAUCUGCUAUACUACCAGUACGAGCUCGCCGAGAUCGAGAGGGCGCUUGGAGGUAUUGAUCGGGAGGAAACAAGGUGGAUGCAGACCGGGAGCGAGAGUGAGAAUGUCGGGGUAGAGUUAAAAGAGACGCGGUUUAAACUUAUGAGGAUGUUAAGAGAAACCCUCAAAAACUACUGUACUCCUGCCCCUCGUCUACCGUCCGCCCCCGCAUAUGACUAACAUGACGCAAAGACGAAGCCCUCCUCCUCCAGGAACAGAUCUUCACCUCCCUGGACCCACCCCGCACCGCAGACAGCAACCUCCUAUCCGCCCUAGAGGACCCCAGCACUCCGCCCCUAACUGUCGGUGAUCCCUUCAGCAAGAACACCGACGACCUCGUCGCGCUGGGCCUCGGCGGGCGCGAUUCUCUGGAAAAAUUGGUCGGCAGAAUCAUCCCACGGAUCUUCCCUCACCGAAACCCCUCCGUCGAGGACGUGCGCCAGCGGAAUAUGUCGCAACGCGACAUAGCAUCUAUAUUCUCCCCGUUUACAAGGAGGAUCACGAGGAUGGUGAUUGCCCUUGCCACGGCACUGCUGAUGUUGGGGCCUAUGAUUAUCUUGCAGUUUUUGGAGAGCGAUCCGUGGAAGUUGGUUUGUAUUAGUCUUUUCACGAUAGUGUUGGCGGUGCUGGUCGCGCUGGGGACGAGGGGCCGGGGGGAGGCGAUUGUCAUGGUUAUCGCAGCGUAUUCGGCAGUCCUUGUGGUGUUUGUCCAGGGGAAUGGGGCCUGCGGCGAAGGGGGGAGUUGUGGUGGACGGGGGUAGUCUAAGUGCGAGCCGGGAUUUGUAGUUUUUCCUCUCUCAUAUUUGGUCUUGGAGGUUCUCUCUUUUUCUCAUUUUUCCUAUCAUGAUUUCGCAUCGUGGCGUUUGGUGCAUGUUUACCCUAAUCAAUAUAAUA